GUAUUUUACCCUCUAAUCUCACGUUUCGCUCAUUUCUCAAUGUCUAAGUAAUAGAUCCUCCCUCUUGGCAGGACACCAUUAAGCAGGCAUGGGGAAAAUCUCCUUUCAGGGUUCAGAUGGUGGCAUUAUCCCUAAGGGCUGGUGGUAGGGACGGUAUGUGCUGGGUAGACAGAGAGAAGGUCAGGUUGGCAUCUGCCGGGUUAGCCAGGCGCUCUGAAACUCUUUUCAGAGAGGACAGGGUUAAAAGCCAAGUCCGACUUUGCCUCUUGGAAAUCGCUGGGUAGCAGCCGCGCCUCCCAAGCAUUCUUUAAACCAGAAAAGUGGGAGGGACUGCGGGAGAGAGGGAGGGAAUGAGGCAGGGAGAGAAAGAGGGCUCCAGGAGCGGAGCGCGCCAGAGCGCGAGGGACGGAGGGAGAGGAGGAGCGCGGGAGCUGCGGAGACGAUCCCGCGAAUUCAUUACUGUAAACAUCUCCGGGGGUGUCAGGAGGGGUGGGGGUGGGGGCCGCGGCGCCUACAUUAGCCCGGCCGCGUCGGACUGAAGCAGUAGUGUGGUCUGAGCAGCCUCCAGACCCACGCCGGGCGGGCGCAGCACUUGGAGCGAGCCCUGCGCCCGCCCCCGCGCAGCGCCGCACGCCCGGCUCCGAGCUGUCCGCACACACGCGUCGGAGGAGCGCCCGCCUCGGUCUCCCGCCGAGUCCCGGGAUCCUCCAAAUCCGAGGAGCUCGGGCGCCGCGGGGCCGCUUUCUGCCGCCUUCCGCGCUCGCUGUACUUCUUUUGGGGUUCGUUGGCUUGACGAAGCGGAGAGGGGGAGGCGGAGGAGGAGAGAAGGCGGGGGCCGCGGCGGCCGGAGCCAAGAGAAAGUGGCAUGCCCGAACCCUGGAGGCGGAGGUGGCGGAGGACUGGGGAAGACGAUGCCGCAGCUCCGUAGGGGACGUAGGCGAGAGCGAGCGAGGCGAGCUGGGCGCCCCGGCCCUGGCCGGCUGCGGGGAGGCGCGCGUCGCUCUGAGGCUCCGGCCUCCGCACCACCGCGCCCCGACGCUGCGGGCGACCGGGCUUGGCUCCAGCAGCCGCCGCCGUCUCCUCCGCCGCCACCCGGAGGACCCAGCAAAAGUUUGGAUCUGGGGGAGGGCGCGGCGCUGAGCGGGAUUACCACCAGGGCUGGAAGGAGACCUCGAGAACCUUUGCAGAUUGCAGAUUGAGCUUAACCAAGAAGUUCGUAGGCUAACCAAGGCUGGCUUGACCUACAAAAGAAGAGAGUUCGGCCUGCCCACUUGGAUUUGUGUUGACACGGCUGAUAACUUGCCAUCACCUGUUGCCAGUGUGGAAAAAUUCUCCCUGUUGAAUUUUUUGCACAUGGAGGACAGCAGCAAAGAGGGCAACACAGGCUGAUAAGACCCAAGACAGCAGGGAGAUUAUUUUACCAUACGCCUUCAGGACGUUCCCUCUAGCUAGAGUUCUGGACUUCCGCAGAACCCGGUCCAGUCAUUUUGAUUUUGCUAUCUCUUUAUUUUUUUUUUUUCUUUUUCUUUUUCCCACUACAUUGUAUUUUAUUUCUGUACUUCAGAAAUGGGCCUACAGACCACAAAGUGGCCCAGCCAUGGGGCUUUUUUCCUGAAGUCUUGGCUUAUCAUUUCCCUGGGGCUCUACUCACAGGUGUCCAAACUCCUGGCCUGCCCUAGCGUGUGCCGCUGCGACAGGAACUUUGUCUACUGUAACGAGCGAAGCUUGACCUCAGUGCCUCUUGGGAUCCCGGAGGGCGUAACCGUACUCUACCUCCACAACAACCAAAUUAAUAAUGCUGGAUUUCCUGCAGAACUGCACAAUGUACAGUCGGUGCACACGGUCUACCUGUACGGCAACCAACUGGACGAAUUCCCCAUGAACCUUCCCAAGAAUGUCAGAGUUCUCCAUUUGCAGGAAAACAAUAUUCAGACCAUUUCACGGGCUGCUCUUGCCCAGCUCUUAAAGCUUGAAGAGCUGCACCUGGAUGACAACUCCAUAUCCACAGUGGGGGUGGAAGACGGGGCCUUCCGGGAGGCCAUUAGCCUCAAAUUGUUGUUUUUGUCUAAGAAUCACCUGAGCAGUGUGCCUGUGGGGCUUCCUGUGGACUUGCAAGAGCUGAGGGUGGAUGAAAAUCGAAUUGCUGUCAUAUCCGACAUGGCCUUCCAGAAUCUCACGAGCUUGGAGCGUCUUAUUGUGGACGGGAACCUCCUGACCAACAAGGGUAUCGCCGACGGGACCUUCAGCCAUCUCACCAAGCUCAAGGAAUUUUCAAUCGUCCGUAAUUCGCUGUCCCACCCUCCUCCCGAUCUCCCAGGUACACAUCUGAUCAGGCUCUAUUUGCAGGACAACCAGAUAAACCACAUUCCUUUGACAGCCUUCUCAAAUCUGCGUAAGCUGGAACGGCUGGAUAUAUCCAACAACCAACUGCGGAUGCUGACUCAAGGGGUGUUUGAUAAUCUCUCCAACCUGAAGCAGCUCACUGCGCGGAAUAACCCGUGGUUUUGUGACUGCAGUAUCAAAUGGGUCACGGAAUGGCUCAAAUACAUCCCUUCAUCUCUCAACGUGCGGGGUUUCAUGUGCCAAGGUCCUGAACAAGUCCGGGGGAUGGCCGUCAGGGAAUUAAAUAUGAAUCUUUUGUCCUGUCCCACCACCACCCCCGGCCUGCCUCUCUUCACCCCAGCCCCAAGUACAGCUUCUCCGACCACUCAGCCUCCCACCCUCUCUAUUCCAAACCCUAGCAGAAGCCACACGCCUCCAACUCCUACCACAUCGAAACUUCCCACGAUUCCUGACUGGGAUGGCAGAGAAAGAGUGACCCCACCUAUUUCUGAACGGAUCCAGCUCUCUAUCCAUUUUGUGAAUGAUACUUCCAUUCAAGUCAGCUGGCUCUCUCUCUUCACCGUGAUGGCAUACAAACUCACAUGGGUGAAAAUGGGCCACAGUUUAGUAGGGGGCAUCGUUCAGGAGCGCAUAGUCAGCGGUGAGAAGCAACACCUGAGCCUGGUUAACCUAGAGCCCCGAUCCACCUAUCGGAUUUGUUUAGUGCCACUGGAUGCUUUUAACUACCGCGCGGUAGAAGACACCAUUUGUUCAGAGGCCACCACUCACGCCUCCUAUCUGAACAACGGCAGCAACACAGCAUCCAGUCACGAGCAGACGACGUCCCACAGCAUGGGCUCCCCCUUUCUGCUGGCCGGCUUGAUCGGGGGCGCGGUGAUAUUUGUGCUCAUGGUCUUGCUCAGCGUCUUUUGCUGGCACAUGCACAAAAAGGGGCGCUACACCUCCCAGAAGUGGAAAUACAACCGGGGCCGGCGGAAAGAUGAUUAUUGCGAGGCAGGCACCAAGAAGGACAACUCCAUCCUGGAGAUGACAGAAACCAGUUUUCAGAUCGUCUCCUUAAAUAACGAUCAGCUCCUUAAAGGAGAUUUCAGACUGCAGCCCAUUUACACCCCAAAUGGGGGCAUUAAUUACACAGACUGCCAUAUCCCCAACAACAUGCGAUACUGCAACAGCAGCGUGCCAGACCUAGAGCACUGCCAUACGUGACAGCCAGAGGCCCAGCGUUAUCAAGGCGGACAGUUAGACUCUUGAGAACACACUCGUGUGUGCAUGUAAAGACACGCAGAUUACAUUUGAUAAAUGUUACACAGAUGCAUUUGUGCAUUUGAAUACUCUGUAAUUUAUACGGUGUACUAUAUAAUGGGAUUUUAAAAAAGUGCUAUCUUUUCUAUUUCAAGUUAAUUACAAACAGUUUUGUAACUCUUUGCUUUUUAAAACUUAAAAAAAAAAAUAGUUGCUGAAGUACUGUACAGGGUUGUACAAUGAGAACCCAAUGCCAAGGCAAAAAGAACGAGUGAUUCUUCCUUAGGAUACACAUCAACCACUUCGCUGUUGAAGCUGUCAGAAUAAAUUCCUGGUGGUCAGAUGAAAGGGCAGAUUAAAUGGACUCAUCAGGGUAAGAGGAAUAAUAUGGGUGAAACAAGAAAUGGCCCAGAGAGUUUCACACUAUUCCUAUACCUCCAGGUCUGGAAGACAGGUAAAAAAAAUUCUGUAAUGUAAGAAUGGAGGUAGUUACCCUGAUUUGACCCAGUGCGGGAAAUGCUGAAAGCACCAGAAGGAAGCUAGUUCCUGUGAGAUAAGUUAACCCGGCCUGACAGAAUCAAGAAAAUUGAGAUGAGAUUUGAAAAGACCUGAAAAUGCAGGGGUUGGCUUUCCGACUGGGAACUUAAAAAUCACUCUUCAUGCUUCCCUGGUCCUAAGUGAUAACAGAGUUAGAGACUUGAGUCUGAUUUCAGUCAUCUUCAGGGACCGGUCUGAUGUUGUAGCAAGAAAACUCCCUUUAAAAGUGUUACUGUUCAAAUCGUAUGUCAGGUUGAAUCACAUUCAACAGAGAUAUAUUCUAGAAUAAUUUUUUAGAAGAGGCUAAUAAAAUUAAGGGAAGAAUUAUAUUGAAUGGAAUUAUUUUUGAUAAUGAGAAUUAUUUGGGUAGAUUCACUGAGGCUAUGUCAACAUGAUAUUUAGACCAACAGGUGAUCAAUGUUUUGAAAAUACAACAAUGACUUAUUUAAAAAUUACCCUUACUGCUAUUUAGACAAAAACAACUGGUCAGUGGUUCUGUUAUGUCAGCUGACUUUGUUAGUAUCAUGUUGAAAUAGCUUGAAGUAAUAUCUUUUAUCCCCUUGCAAAUUCUUGUCUUCCAAUCAUCUCCCAUGUAUUUUCAUAAUUAGUUGUUUAUAACACCUUCGUUUUUCUCCCUCUCCUCAGUAUUUCAAGGAAAAUUAUGGAUGCCAGUCUUGGCUGCACAAAAUAUCCAUAUGUACUUAUACAUUUUUAAAUGCAUACUAAUUUUCACUGCUAAUAAUUCUGUAAGGACACAUCAAAGCUGGCCAAAAUAAUUAAUUUUUUAAAAAGCGACACCUGGUUUCCACCUUGUACUGACUUUGAUCCUGUUCCACUUUUGAAAUUUUAUUUGUUCCUUUUCCGUCGUGGAUGUUCCUCUACUUUGGCAGUUGCGGAGGGAUCAUCAAUCUUCUGUUAGCAGGACAGCGCAUGAAAAACAAACAAGUCAGAGAGUGAAGGCUUAUUCCCCUAAUCCUGGCAGAGCAGGGCAUAGAAAAGAGAGGGAUGUCCUUGCUUAAUUCUAGAUACUUUUGAGGCAACAUCUUCAUAAAACACAUAGUUUAAUCUUUGCCGUCCUUAGACAGAGAAGGGCUAUGGAUCACAUACAUUAUCAAAAACUACUCCCUUGGAAAAAAAACUUUUUAAAAUCAAAUUUAAACAUUUCACUCUGUGAUGCAUAUUUCUUUUACCACUGGCCAUUAUUAUAAGGACCCAUGAAGUAAAUGUCACCAUCAUCUUACUUGCUCUCUCUCAGCAAAAUAAAACUGUGAUGUGUCUUCUUUGUAAAAGUUUAGGUAUAAAAUGCUAUGCAACUUUUUCUUUAUAGUAAGAGCUUUAUUUUCUUUAAUAAUAUAGCCCAACUUAUAUGUUUUAAUCUCCCUUCUCCCUCAGAAUAAGCAGAAAAUAUAACUGCAUCUGUAUGUUAGACACAAGAAUUGAAACUGUGCAGUCAGUAGAGCUGAACUUAGCUAUGAAUUAAUUUAAAUUAAUUCUAAAGUGACUCUGGUUUCCAUUUUAGUCUAUUAGCUAGAGGGUUUUGGCUGUUGCUUUUUUUAAAGUUAGGUCCACGCAGUGAAGGGAAAAGAGUGUGAAGGUGAUCAGUGUAGCACUAAGACAUCUAAAGUCGAGACAAUGACAUGGGGGCUUGGUGUACUUAGCUGGGUAAUUCCCUUCUACUGUCCUCUUCCCCUUGGCUGUGUAGAUAAAAUUGUGCAUUCAAAUGAUGGUACUUUGACUUUUGAGGGUUUUUAUUUCUGUUAUUCACCAAAUAGUCAUUCUCAUUUAUGUAUAUUGUGUGUUUAACCCCCCAGUGGGAUUUCUGGCCGCUGAAAUCGCUUUGGGCCAGGAAAAACAAGGAUGAAGAGGUUCCUGUCAUUUCUUAUGGAGUUCACAGAAUUAUUUGGGGCUUAAGUAGUACAAUGGAGACAGUCACGUGCAAUGCUUAAGGUGGUCUAACGGGGUCCCUUUUGCUGGAGGUGUUCCUGAAGAGAUUGAACCUAGUAACAGGCUUUAUUUUCAUCUUGUGUACAACAUGACAAAGACUGCUAAGAUUAAAAUCCGUCUCCCAUUUGUUGCAGCCUCACCUACACCAGGAUAGAAAGCACAUGAUGGAAUCUGUGAUGUCUAAUGUGUCUUAUGAAAAUAGCCAAACAACUGUCCCUGGGGAUUCUACAUUGAUUGGCAUUUUUAGUCAUGGGAAUGUAUUUUUGCAGAAAUACCUGCUUUGUGUUUGGGCCUCUCUUGCUGUCAUUAUGAUGUAUUUUGAGAUGAUUAGUCAAGAGUCAAGGUUGAGAGUACAGGCCAAGACCAUGGAAAAAAAUCCAUGCUCGCUGGCCAAUAAAGAGCUUGAUGCUGCCUGGCCAAAUAAGGUGAUUCAGAUAGAAUCUGAUCCCAUUCAGAGCUCGGUAACUGUCACUGUACAGAAGACAUUGAAAAGGAAGUGGCAUAGUCAUGAUCACAAGGAUAUAUUGACAGUUAUCUAUAGCCAGGGUAGUUGUUAAUACCUGCUUGUUUGGGGAGAUAUGUUUGAUUAUAGAGAGACUCUGGGCUACCCUCAAACACCAUCAGAUGCAAUUAGCAGCCCACGGCAUGGGACAAUCGCAGGCAGCUACGAGGAUUGUAUCCCCUGCCUAUUUUCCUUGUGUAUCAAAUGGAAAACAUUCUCCCCUGUGAGAAAGAAUGCAGUUUCUAAUUAUCUGGAUGUUCGUUGAAAAUAUAUUAGACAUUCUCCCUGAGGUUACAAACAAAGCCUAUAAUGUGACCUGUCUGGUAAAAAGUAUUAAUGAAGUAGCUCAUAUUACAACUUCAUUUUCUACUAGCACCUAUCAUAAUAGUCUUAGUCAUUUCAAACAAAUCAGAACUUCCCCACCAGGGAGGACAACUUCAUGCUGUGAUCGAAGCAUCCAUUCAGAACACGAGGCAAUAUUAUAGUCCACAGGGAAUGGAUGCUUCACUUGAUCGCCGGACCUCAGCUGCAGAGGCCAUCGCAGCUCUUGAAAAGUGAAGUGGUUAAUUUCCAUUGCCAUCUUUGCUUAUAGCAUUUUUCUCUAACCUAUAACAAGGAGACAUUACGUUUUACUUUAGAACAUGAGAAUAGCAGUUUUGCUCACGAUUUACCAUUCCAGCUGCAGGGGAAAGCAAAGCAGAAAACAGUGCCCCAAACGGAAAAAAGAUACUUACACAGAACAAAACAGUUCUUGGUCUUUUUCUUGGUCUUGUCAAACCUUGCCUGAUGCUCUUUCUAAAGUCAAAAUACGAAUGCUAAGAAGGCAUAACCUACAUCCUUCUCUGAUUUCUUCAGCAGGGUCAAAAGACAGUUACCAGCAAUGGGGAAUGCUUGUCACUGUGGAGAAAGAGUUUUGUACAUCUCUGGUACCGUUGUUAUAACAAAUCAGAUUUUCUUACUAUAGUUUUUUGUUUUCUAGCUACACACCCACCAGAAGAGCACAAAGGAAGGCCAUCGCAACAAGCAUUUUAAAAUUAAUAUCAAACAUGCACAUGCGUGGACACACACACACACACACACACACACGAGGGCAUUUGUAAAGGUGUCCCUGGAAUGUAAGAUUUAUAACCGUUUAAGGCAAGGUGAAGGCAUUGCCAACUGUGUGUGCCUCAUAGGACUAGUGUAUAUUCACUGAAAGUUGACCUGAUGAUUUGUUAUUGUUUGAACCAUAUGCUGAUUUGCUUCUGGUUUCUCUUUAGUGUGUUCUCUCUGACAAGGGGCUGGAAGAUUCUGCAUCACACAUCCUCUGAGACCUACCAUGUCGCACACUUUGUUAAUGACAAACUUCACUCUACACUAUACAGUACCUUGUUGAUAUAUUCAGUAAAGUCUUAUUUUAAAAGAAAACCA